AAAAAAAAAAAAAACUCAGUAAUCCAGGCAAUAUCUUAAUGUACUAUUUUAAAAACAAAAAUCAGUGCCAAUAGGUGUGUGAUGAAUAAAACAUUGACAUUUAAGUAAAGACAGGAUGGCAGAGAUUGCUGGCCGAUGGGUGCCACCAGCCUUGCUCUCAGCGUUAACGACCUGCUCAGGACAGCCUCGUCUCACGCACUCUGGUUGCACACUCACCUUCCUGGGCAGCCGCUCUCCUUGCUGGUUCUUAGCUCCGACAUCACAAUUACCCAACAAGGCCUGAGCUGGGCUCUAUUUUUUUUCUCCCCCUCUGCUUCUCUCUCUUCCUGUUUUCUAAUCGUUGCUACCGUGACAUUAGGUAAAAUGUAUAGAAAAUAAUUUACUUCCUAUUUCCGAGCCAGUCCGAGUUUCGUCUCGGCUUGAGUCUCUUCUAGCUUGUGAGAAAUGGCGCUUGUCUCAGUUAAACACGGCACGGACUCCAAGGCCAAGCCAUGGGAGGCCAGCCUGCCUUCUCUGGGUUUCUAAGGCGCAUUGAGCAUCUCGCUGCCCCCUGAGAUGCCGGCUUCAGGGAGGGCGCCAGUGGAGGAUGCUAAGACGCUUUCUCAGCAAAGACGAACAGCAGGCUUCUUGCAGAGAGGUCGCUGGACAAUGUGGGAUGGAGGCCCCGCCAGCCAGGGACCAUCCUGCUCCCUGCACCCCUGGGCCCCCCAGUGGGCAGGCCUCUCCUCGCCUGACCCUCGGCCCCAUCUUCCUGCCGCCGGAGCAGGGCCUGGCCCCCACUGUGUUCCUGAAGGCUCUGCCCCUUCCCUUGUACCACACAGUGCCUCCGGGAGGCCUGCAGCCGCGCGUUGCCCUAGCGCCUGGCGGCCUGGAUGGAGCCAGCCUGCCUUUCAUCCUCAGCCCCCUGCUGCAGCCCGAAGGGCCUGGGCCUGCCCAGGUGGCGAAGCCGCCCGCCCCGGUGCUGACCUUGAACCUCGUCGGUGCUCUGCCUGUGCUGUCGCCGGGCCUGGGGCCCCCACUGGGCAGCCCCGGCAAGGUGCGGAGCGCCGGCCGGUACCUGUGCCCACACUGUGCCCGGGACUGCCUGAAGCCCAGUGUCUUGGAGAAGCACAUCCGCUCCCACACGGGUGAACGGCCCUUUCCCUGCGCCACCUGCGGCAUCUCCUUCAAGACCCAGAGCAACCUGUACAAGCACAGGCGCACCCAGACGCACCUCAACAACUCGCGGAGGUCCUCCGAGUCUGACGGCGGCAGCGCCAGCCUCCUGGACCAGGGGGACAGGGCUGGAGAGACCCCCAGAGCGGACGGCAGCAGGGACGGCCGCAGCCAGAGCGGGGGCGACGAGGCGUCCGAGAGACCCCCUUCUCGGGGGCACUGCCUGGGGUCCACCGCCCAGCUGGCCCUUGUGGCCGAGAGACUGGACGUGAAGCCAGAAGCUGCUCCCUGCGCCGGGUCCAUGUGUGCCGACGGGGACGCUAUCGGGCCGCAGCCUUGGAGGAAGCCGCUGGAGCAGAAGUCUCCGACGGCCAGCAAGCCUUGUCCCCUGCAGCGGCAGCAGGCCACGACCUGGGAGAAGGCCUGGGAGGCCAAGGGCUCUGAAGGCCGGCUCCGGAAGUGUGAGAGCUCUGACUCGGGCUACCUGUCCCGCUCGGACAGCGCUGAGCAGCCACCAGUGCCUGCCAGCCCCCUGCACAGCCUGUCGGAGCACAGCGCCGAGGGCCAGGGGGGCCCGGGGCCUGGGGAGCGGGCGGCCGCCCUGGAGCAGGAGAAAAAGCGGCUGGAGGAGCGUAUCGCACGGCUCAUCUCCCACAACCAGGCCGUGGUAGACGACCCGCAGCUGGACACCGUGCGGCCUCGCAAGACGGUGCUGUCCAAGCAGGGCAGCCUGGACCUGCCCAGGCCCUACACCUACAAGGACUCCUUCCACUUCAACAUGCACGCGCUGGAGCCCGGCCGCAGGCGGCCAGCGACCCUGGGAUCAGCUCGCUCCACCUGCCCGCCGCCAGACAAGGCGCGGCCCCUCUCCUUCCACUCCGUCCCCACCCAGCUCUCCACCACCGCGAAGUGUGUGUCCGUCACCAGGAGCAACUCACUGCCCUUCGUGGACAGCACUCGCACCUGGCAGGACCCCCGGGAGGCCUGCCCUCAGAAGCAGAGGCUACUGAACUCCAGGCCCACCCCGGUCUUGUCCGCUGUCCCCAGCACUCACCCCAGGGCCCUGGUGCGGCAGGCCGCCGUGGAGGACCUAUCUGGCACCACCCUGGGGGAGAGCCCCAUCCUCGCAGAGGACCACCAGAGGACCACCGCAGGGGAGGGGGCGGCCAACAGGGGCAGGGUGGCCGGGAAGAGAGGCAGCCAGAGGAAGCUGAAGAUGUUUUCCCAAGAGAAGUGGCAGGUGUACGGGGACGAGACCUUCAAGAGAAUCUACCAGAAAGGCAAAACCAGCACCCACAGAGGCAAGAAGGCCGGGGAGGUGAGAGUUGACCCACCUCCCCAGGUAGACACCGUGCAGGCAGAGGCCAUGAAGACCCCCACCUCCGCGGACUUGAGGACCCCCAUCUGCAGGGACGUGAGGACCCCUGUCUGCGGGGAUUCGAGGACCACCAUCUGCAGGGAUGUGAGGACCCCCAUCUGUGGGGAUGCGAGAACCCCUGUCUGCGGGGAUGUGAGGACCCCUACCUCCAUCUGCGGGGACACGAGAACCCCCAUCUGCGGGGAUGUGAGGACCCCCGUCUGCGGGGAUUUGAGGACCACCAUCUGCAGGGAUGUGAGGACCUCCAUCUGUGGGGAUGCGAGAACCCCUGUCUGCGGGGACAUGAGGACCCCUAUCUCUGGGGACACGAGAACCCCCAUCGGUAGGGAUGUGAGGACUCCCAUCUGUGGGGAUUCGAGGACCCUCAUCUGCGGGGAUGUGAAGACCCCCAUCUGUGGGGAUGCGAGGACCCCCGUCUGUGGGGACGCGAAGACCCCCGUCUGUGGGGAUGCGGGGACCCCCGCCUGUGGGGACGCGAAGACCCCCGUCUGUGGGGACGUGAGGACCCCCGUCUGUAGGGAUGUUCUCCCUCCUGUAGCUAUUUCUUCUGGGGCUGAGCCAGGGUCCUGGGGAGGCCAGGUGACCCCAGAGUUCUCCAUGGUGGCCGAGCCGCGCCAGGCCAGAUCAGGAGGCAGUGAUGAGGCCGGGGUGAAUGGGGCUGUGGCCCCCUCCAUCCUCACCUGUAAAGAUCCCCCCUUUUUGGGUUGCAAGAGCCCUCAGCUUCCUCCCAAUGAGAGGCCAGAGCUAGGGGGUGAGCUGUCCCUGGGACCUGGCCCCCUCAGAGGAGGAGACCCCGGGGCCCCCAAACAGGAAGGAGUCAGCUGUGGCGAUGGCGGAGGGGAGAGCCGCCUGUGGGCCCAGAGCACCGCAAGGCCACCCAGCAGUGUUCCUGGCCAGGCCCCGGCCAUGGGGGACAGGCUUCCCUCGGAGAGGAAGAAGCUGAAGGUGGAGGGGCUCGGGGGCCAGGGCCAGUCAGAGCCUCUGGGAAUGGGACAUGAGAGAGGAGGGUCCCUUGAGAGCCCCACACAAGCCGCCUCCCUGCCAGCGUGGGGUCUGGACAACGAGCCUGCAGAGAAGCCAGGGGGGCUGCCCCCAAGUGCUGACCGCCUGGGGCGUGGAAGCAACGCGCCCUUGGAGUCCAUUGGUGCCUCCUGGACUUCUUCUUUGGCCAUUCUGAGGCAGGCGGGGCCCAGGGGCAAGGGACCGCCAUUGCAUCCUGCGGCUGUGUCCCCUGGGUGUUACCCCCAGGCCCCAGACAGGAGAAGCUUCCAGCUGGCAGCCUUGCCCCGGGCUCCGGACUCUGCCUUUACCCCAAAGUAUCUCCUCAGGCUGCCUCAGGGAGAGACCCCAUCUGAGCUGCCAAGUGCAAAGGGGCACGGGCAAGGACAGGACCCUCUCUGCAAGGGGGUGUGGCCUGAGGAACGGGCUCCCUUUGUGAGGUCAGGGAGGGAGACGCACCUGUCCCCUGGGCCAGCCUCAGGCAGGACCCCAGAAGAGGCAGACAGCAUCACCAAGGACCCCGACUGGUUCAGGGCACGGGACGGGGUGGAAGGGGCACGGGCAGGAAAGGGAGGAGAGGAAAGAGUGGCUACGAGGCCCCUGGGAGCCCAGGACCUGGCCUCCAUUACCCCCACCCCCACACCUGGCUCCUGCUCAGCCUGGGACACGGAGCUUGAGGACCCCGCCUUCCACCCCCUCUGUUCAGGCAGAGUGUCAGUGAGGGCCAGACCACCUGGGGGUGCCCCGAAUCCCUGGCCAUCCACCUGGGAGAAAGCAUCAGAAGACCCUCGCUCAGGACCUCUGGCGCAGCUCAGCCUCAGCUGUGCCUCCCAGCCUGGUCCCUUCCUCUCAGCCAUCACGCGGCCCCCGAGCUGGCCUGAGCUGGCCUUGCCUCCCCACUCAGGGAACCCCAGGAGUGGUGAGGCUGAGGGCCCCUUCCCCUCAUUGAAGGCCGAGCCGCGGCUGACGUGGUGUUGCUUGAGCCGCAGCCUCCCCCUGCCCGCUGAGCAGAAGGAGAAGACCUCGUCUGUGUACUUGUCACUGCACCUCACUGGGGGUGGCCCCCGGGACGAGGCUCUGGAAGGACGGAUCAGGACCAGCCAAGGAGACUCAGGGCCUGCGCAGAUGUCCAAGCUCUCCUGCCCAAUCGCCCCAGGAGUGACGUCCCAGGACUGGGUGUCUGAGCCUGAGCAGAGGAAAGGACUGCCUCGAAGGAGGGCGAAGACAUCUCGUGGGAUCAGCAGGCAGAAAAAACUGAGGAUCAACCCCAAAAGGUACAAAGGGGCGUUCUUGCAGAGCCGUGCUCAGCCGAGAGCCAGCAGACUGUGCAAACCACACUGGGUGCUGAGAGGAGGCUGCCACCCUCAUCCACACGAGGGACGGGACCCAUGCAAAGCUCUCCAGCCAGCUUCUUCAGAAACAGCAGGUCUAAAUCCACAAGGAGAGCCAUCUGGUGCCACUUCACAACCAUCUCGUUGUUGUGGGAACAAAGAGAAGAAUGAAGAUGACGGCAGGCGAAUCUCAGUAACCCUCGCUCCUAGUACAAGUCCAAGCAAUGUCAGGAAAAUAGACAAUGUGGCUGUGAAGGAUAUUUCCCCAUCUGCCGGUGAACACGGUAACUGUUUUUCCCAAUCGUCUCUGCAAUCUGACCCCUGUCUGGCAGUGGGUAAGGACCACUUUCCGCCAUGCUGCAAAGGUCUUGAUGUUGGAUUGCUCAAGACGCAGCUGCUGCUCCCCGCAGAGCACGUCUCAGUAGACCCCAAAUCGGGCAUUUUUGCAGAUGCUCAAGGGCCCUCUUCCUUUGAGUCUGAAGGAACCUUACCCCGCCAUGACGCUGCUACCUCUGUGGCUGCUGUUGGUACUUCUCUAGGGGUGACAGCAGGCCACAUGAUGCUGGGAAUUCCCAGUGCAGAGCCACAAGGCUGCAGCUGGUCUGCUGAGGAGACUGUGCUACGAAGCUCCCCAGGCAGAAAAACUAUAGCAGAUGGCACAUCACUGCCAUGCUUGCCAGAGAAACCUUCAUCUGGACAAAGAAUUUCAGGUGCAGCCCCACUGGAGUCAACGGAGAAAGCUCAUCUUGAAAUACCAGCCUCAGGACUGAGUCCCACUAGUUCACAUCAAGAGGAAGGGAGACACCAGGGGUUUUUUCCUUCCAGGGGCCAGUACAAGUGUGGGGAGAAGGUCACCCCCUGCCACCCUUUGGGUAACAAAAGUGAGAAAUGUCAAGUACCCGGAUCCACCUCUCUGAAGGAUUGUGUGGUUCCUUGCAGCUCAGGGCAGCCCACAGACAUCCCCGAAGCUCCUUCUAAAACCAUCAAGAAGAGGAGUUUGGAAGGAAUGAGAAAGCAAACUCGACUGGAAUUCAGCGACACCAGCAGCGAUGAUGAAGACCGAUUAGUUAUAGAAAUAUGACGCUUCCAGAAAAGAUGGCAUCUACCAACCAAGACUGUUGAUGCUUCACAACUCCUCGAGCUAGUCAGAGAAGUGAACUCCAUUGAUGAAGCACCUGAAGAUUAGGAAAGCCAUUCUGAGAUCUUUCCAAGCCAAGCCCAAUCAACUCUAAGCCCCCAACUCAGCCACCAUCUUCCCAGCGCUCACCUUGGGCCUGGCAACCUUCGUUCAUGUGGUGCCCAGUAGGGGAAAGCAGACACCGAAGCAGAGUCUGAGAACACUUGAUGCACACAACAACUAUGCCUUGACUGCCAGCCUUAUCCCUUUUCUGUCUCUGCAGCAAGCCCCCAAUGCCUGACUCCAAACAAGUGGCAUUAACCAAGAGAGCCACAAUCAACACGUUAAUGAGCGUGAACUCCAUGAAGUCAAGGCUACUGACUUCCCUCGUUAAUAAGCUGAGGGCUUGCCUCCAAGGUGGUACGGGUAUUUGGGAUAAUACAAGUAGCUUGAAAAGGACAUGGAGUGUGAAUUGGGUAUCAAGAUAGUUCUUGUGUAUUCUGGAAACAAAAUCCAGAUGUAGUAAAAAACUAAAGUUUGGUCAGAAUAAUUUGCCUUGAAGAAAUUGUAAAUAUAUUUCAAAAUGCCUUUGAUCUGGUGAAAUGCUCAUUAUUUUUAAAUGUUGCACCAACAGUCACUGCUUCUUAGGGCUAAAUGACACAAGCAAGUCCUGCUCUUGUGUCUGGGGGCUUUUCUGUGGAGACCUCUGGAACCCUUGGUUUUUCUAGCUCUGCUAAAGGAAUGUUGUGUUCAAAGUUAAUAGAACAGCCUCUCAGUCAUGAGUCAUUUUUUGAGGGGAAAAAUUCACUUAUUUUCCUCUGAUUCUUUUUGUCAUAUUGUGCUCUGAGCAAUUUCAAUUAGAGGGUUACAUUUUAGUAAUCUCUACAGCUUAAACUGAUGCCUGCUCAUCGUGACGGGAACCUUUUAGAUUUCCUCCAGAAGCUUCAAGGAUACAAAACUAAUUGGAGUUUUGACGCUGUUUUACAUCUCAGUAAUUUUAUUUUGGGGGCUUGGUGUUACUUUGCUGUCAAAUUAAAUCAGCCUCUGUGUUGUGUUAGUCAGAACAGCACCGAUAAAAUUCCCCAGUAUUCCGAGCCAGCGCACCCUGGCACAGAAGAAAAUAACAGAUCCGCGUCAGCCGGCCCAGAGAGUGAUGCCUUAGGUUUGCCCAUUCCUCUCUUUCUCCUUAAAUGGGAGAGGAGAAACUUAAAGAGGUUCACACUGCUGCAUUUCAAUAAAAUUUUAUACUUGCUUUUGGUAUGAUUUUGUACAACCUGAAAUUUAUAGCUGAGCUCUUUUGGCUUAACUUUGAUGUAACGAUGUUCAGACGACAUCCUGUACUUCAAAGGGAAGGCAGCGACCCCAAGCAUCUCACAUAUCUGAACACACUUUAAUAAGUCUGCCUGCGACUAAGUAUAGUCAAGUAUCUUCACGUGCGUUUCCCAGUGUUAGGGUUAUUCCCAGGAAACUUCAAUGUGAGACCAGCUUCUCCCAGUUACUUACAUACAUCUGUGGCCAUUUCAUAUGUGCUCAUAAAUAUCCAAGUGAUUUCUAGCCCAGCCAAGAGAGAUAUCAGAAGGGAGGUGAAAAGGAUGUUGGACCCUCACUUAGUGUAUUUUUUAAGCCAACAGAAAGUGACGUGGUGAUUAUCUACCCAUUUGAAUGAUCCAUGCCACUGUAAGGAGAGAGGUUGUCCAGGAAAGUGGCCUGACCCUUGGAAGAGUGAGCUUGAAGACCUGGGAAAUCUUGGUUAAGACCCACACCUUCUCUGAAGCUCAGUGUCUACAACUGAGAAUGGGAGAGUAGAAGAGAUUAGCUGAAACUAGUCUCCAAUCCUCAUGACCUGAGAGUGGAUGAUAGAGAAGCCACCCUCUCCUUCCCGUACGUGGAGUUGAUACGGCUUGGAGAUAUUCCCAUUCCAAAGCUCUCACACCAAGGGUCCUGCACUCAAGAAGUUUGGGUGGAGAUUGUGGGGAAGUGAAGCCUAAACACCUUCAGCCAGUUAUUGCCAUGAAGAAUGUGAGCUCAGGAAAAAAUUUUUUAAAAAAAGAAAACCAAACCAGUUGUCAUUGAGUUGGUUCCAACUCAUGAUGAUCCCUCGUGUGUUACAGAGUAGAACUGCUCCAUAGGUUUUUCUUGGUUGUAAUUUUUAGGGAAGCAGAUCAUCAGGCCUUUCUUCUGCAGUGCCACCGGGUGGGUUUGAAUCGACCUUUAGCUCAGCUGUUUGUGCCACCAAGGGACCUUCUAGCUAGCAGAGCUUGAUCUGAUUUUUUCAAGAGGAUUUUGUGGUGCAAUCACUCAACAUAUACACUCAUAAUUCAAACAUCAAAAGCAAAAACAAAACACCACUAUGCGUGUUUAAGACAACAUGUCUAUGGAGUAAAUUGGUUUACAGGCCACCAGGCCUCCUUGUCUUUGGAGGCACUGGUCAGGGGGAGGAAAGUUUUUUGCAGAUUCUUCCCUCCUGAGUGGCCGUUGAGCUGUCAACAGGAUCUUGGAGCUAAAUCAGUAAGCCACAGUUCCAAAUAGCACUGAUCUCGGGACAGUGGUAGAAGCUCUGUCUUUCUUGAGCCACUUCCCAAUCUAGAUCAAAAAUGGCAGAACACUGAGUCCAUCUCUUUAAUUCCCUGGGUCAUUGGACAGGUUGUCAACCCAUCCUGUCUCAACUGGCCAUUUCACUAGUGGGUGACGAUCUUUACAGGUGCACCAUACUUUAUAUCAGCAUGAAUUUCUGAAAAACCAUAUUUCAGUGGAUUUUUAAACAACUAAAUCAAAAAUAUAUUUUGAAUGUCUCUAGGGGAAUUGCUAUUGAAAGGCAUCCUAAGAUAAAGAUGAUUUUUUUUCUAAUGGUGAAUCCUUUUAUAAAACAAUGAACAAUCUUUGAUUUUAUAAGUCUUAAUUUUCCUAUGGCUUUUCUUAAAGUGGAAUGCAAUGAUGGGAUACAUUUUAAGGGUAAAACCAGCAGCCUAUAACCUAGUUUGGGUUACUGAAAAUAAAAUUUCAGUAUUAUUCUUGAUAAUUGCUCUAAUUUUCUACUCUACAACUGUGUACUGCCUAAUGGUUAAGGGAAAGUAAUGUUAUUUUAGAACAAGGCAAGCCAGAGAUUAAGGAUCAGGGAUUCUCCUCUCUUCCCAGCACUCUUAACUAUCACUGUACCUUCAGGUACGGCUUUUAACCAACUGGUGCCUCAGCUUCCUCCCUAGGGAACAGCUGCAGAGGUGCUGGCAUGGAUUCACUUAAAGGGCACUUUGAAUUCUUUGCCAUUCACUCAGGGCAAGGUAUACAAGUGCCAUGGCCCAAGAUCCUCAAGACUCACCACUGCACUGUCUCUUUGCACCUGUAUCUGUCCAGCUUUUGCCUGUUAAAAGAUGUAUGGGGAAAGUGGUUUCCCCUCCCCAUUGGCAACCUAUACUGUUAAGUGAUGCAUACAGUCAUGUGAUUCUUGAUGGAAAAUCUGAAUCCUUUUUGUUGUCACUCAGGCUCAUCAUCUGAGCUCCUUGGGAUAGUCAUGGGUAGAGGUGAAGAGCAGCUCAUCAAUCCUGUUAGGGGUAACCUUUGAGAUUCUGGAUGAAACCAAUAUCCCUUUGGUUCACACUGCCAGUGAACCUAUGGUUCAUUUGCUCCAUGAAGGAAAAAAAGGUGGAGGGUAGGGUGAGGGGAUGUCUCUGAAUUCUAAUCAAAACACUGCCAAUAGCCUGUUGGAUGACCUAGGGCAAGCUAACUUUUUUCUUCCGAAAAUGUCUCCUCUAAAGCUGAGAUUGAAAGAGUAGCCUCGCAAAAGUGGGUUAUGACCAUGGUCCUCAGCAUGAUAGAUGGUUUGCAGCCUUGUGCCAAGAAGUAUUUCCUUGCAUUUACAUUCAUUACUUAGAAUGAUCACAUUAUUCAUUUUCUCCCCCAGCACAGAAAUUUGCAUUUUGCACAAAAUUUGCGUGGUGCAGCAGAUUUUUAGUUAUGGAAACUGUCAUCAUUAUCAGAAUGUGCUGCUGCUCAACUCCCCAGACAUAAUUUAAUAUGGUGAAGAGAAAAUGGCCUGCCCAGCUCUAUGGGUGGGCAUAUUUUUACUACUGCAGCAAACAUGGUUUCUGUAUUUUUCUUCACUUCAGUUGUUAUUGCCAUAGUUCGUGUGAGGGACACUCUUUGGUUUUUGAAACACUACAUUUUUCUAUACUCAAGCACAAUUUCUUGUCCUAAUCUUUCAGAACUCAUUAAAUAUAAUUGUCAGGACCAAGACAAUCUUGUGUGCUAGAUUUCUACCUUGUAUGAUUCUUUUUCACCCAUGCUUUAUACACACGUGGGAAUGUGCAUAAUUCAGUCUGAAGAAGAGUAGAAACAGCUGAACACGUUAUUUCACCGCUGGAAGAAAAGAAACCAGGGAAAAAAAGUCAGCCUCUGCCACUUGGGCCCUUGAGGAUGACUCAGUGUAUUAUAUAUGCAGACUACCGUUUAGAACUCACUACUCUAUCAGUUGUUCGUAAUCAGGGAAGCAAUUGGCUUCUUGAUUGUUUGUUGAAAUUUAUUUCUGUCUUUAUAUGGUUAAAUUAUUUUGUUUUCAUAAAAAUAAAACUGAGAAUAUAAAUGUCUUGUGUGAUUUGUUAACAGUUUAAUCAAAACUACCACAAACAGUAUCCUAUGUAUUUAGUCCCAACUGGUUGGUUGAUCAGACACCCUGUCCGCCAUAUUGGUUUUCCAUUCCACAUAACAAAAGGAAUAGACAAUGCCAAAUUAUCAUUUUUCUUGUGCUAUUUCUUAUCCCCAGGGGUCCUUCUGCCUGUUUGUCAUUGUCUGUCAUAUUUUACAGUUCAUAAUUUAAAAAUGUCUCUUUGAAUUCUUAAAUGUAGCUAAACUUUAAAGCCACAUGAGGGCACUAUCCACAGUGCGAUAAUCCAAAACUUUUCCCCUUGGAAUUAAUAGUUCUUGGAUAUUUAACAUUAUUCAUUAACAAAGAAAACAUUCUUAAUUCAAAACAACACCUCCUUAUGUAGAUAAUUCAUGUACUCUUCAACAAUAAGUAGACUUAUUUUGCAGACCAACGUAAUAUUAUCCUUCUAUGUAUAUACUUUUUGAAGUCAAUGGAGACACAAUACAUUGGGAGAAAAAUGGGAACAGGAAUAUGAAAGGAACAGAUAUACUAAUUAAUGGAUUUAAUAGUCUUUUUUCUAACUCAUCAAAUUCUAAUAGUAAUAAAUUAAUCCAUUAUUUCCAAACUUUAGUCAUAUGAGAGCCAUCUUCAUGCUUUUGCCAUAUAUAUCCACAUUCAAUACAUUAUUAAUACUUUGACUUAAAUAAUCUCUGUUUUAAAGAAGAGAUUAUUGCCCUAGACAAUAAUAUGUAGGAAUUUAUAGCCUUGAUUUGCUAGUUACAUGUAUUUUUCUAAUAUGCAAUAAAAUAAAUACAAAUCUGUUACAAUUGUUCACCCAUGCAUCACUUAAAGAUCAUCUUGCAUGCCACCAGUGGUAUUCCCAUCACACAUGGAGAAACAUUGAGCUAAUCACAUGAAUUGUUACUUUCUCUAGUUAUUCUAGUUCCUGUUAAGCACAGCUCUCUCCCCAUUUUUUUUCUCUCCAAGCCAAUAGAACUGGUAAACACGAGUAGAGCUGUAGGUUUAUCAAAUAUGUUUCUUUAGUCAAAUUUACAGUUGGAUAAUUAACAUUACAAACCAAAGGAUUACCACCAUAUAAUCGUUUCUUCUCAAAGGAAUAAUCAUAUAGUGUCUUAUUUUGUUGUGAAAAUAUCUUUAUUUGUUUUCGAUGUUUUGCUUGUU